CCACGAAAUUGCAGAGAAAGCAGUAAAAAUUGUAGUUAUCAAUUAAUAGUUUUAAAUUUAGUGAAAAGCGAAGAAUAUUGUUACAUUUUACACAAACAUGCUAAAUUUCUUGAAGCAAACUCGCAGAUUUGUCAAUUCGGCAGAGCCCGUUUGCAUUGUUUUGGGCAAUGAAUCGUGCGAUUUGGACUCCGCCGUGUGUGCCGUCACACUUGCCUACCAUUAUCAACAACAAAAUGCGACCACCAAUAGCCAAAUCAAGCGUAAAUUUCUGCCAGUGCUCAAUAUACCACGUCGCGAUUACGCGCUUAAAACAGAAGUGCAUUACGUUUUCCGCCAACAUGCAAUUGCUGUUGAGCAUUUAACUUUUCGCGAUGAUCUACAGCAGGACUUUUUAGCACGCAGUGAGUUUAUUUUAGUAGAUCAUCAUGUUAGUCCCUUCGCUACGCGUUGUCUGGAAGUUUUUGAUCAUCGCACAUUUGAUGAUGCAGCACACCUAACAAAUGAUUGCAAACUACAUAUAGAAUUAGUGGGUUCGUGUGCGACGUUAAUAGCCGAAGAGUUGCUUAAGUCUACUACUGUGACAACGCCUGCAGAUGCAGCUGCACAGGUGACACUUUACACGUUGCUGCGCAGCACAAUAGUGCUAGAUACGGUAAAUUUCAGUGAGGCAGCAAAUCGUGCGACACCUAAAGAUAUUGAGAUUUGUGGCAAACUUGAAGAAUUGCUGAUUAAGCUAUCAAAUGGCAAACCAUUAAUAGCGCGCACGAAAUUAUUCGACACGCUAGUGGCGGCACGCGCCGAUAUAAGCAGCUUAACAGCAAUGCAACUUUUACGCAAAGAUUUAAAAGUACUUACGAAUCGUGAUGGCAGUGUAAUUAUUGCCAUACCAGGUUUUCCGUUGUUAGUGCAAGAAUUUAUAAAGAAACCAGAUGCCGCGGCGGCGGUUAAAGCCUUCGCAGUAGAAACAAAUGCGGCAAUUGUAUUGCUAAUGGGUAUGUUAGUCGAAAAUGGUGCUGUGCGACGUGAUAUUGGUUUAGUAGACUUUAAAAACAUUGGAUUGUGUCAAACGAUACGUGAAAAGCUUUGGGCAACCACUGAACCAGCGCUUUGUUUACAGCAUUAUGAGCAUUGCGAUUUUCUCGACGGUUGCUUCUACAAAAUGGGUAACAUCAAAGCCACACGCAAACAUAUUUUACCGCUGGUGAAACAAAUACUCGACCAAAUGCAAAAUUAG